UCCUACACGGAUUUCAUCAACACUAAUUUUGACAGACACCAGUUUCGACUAACACUACUUUGGGCAGAAAUCAGUUUUAAUCGACACUAAUAUCGUCCACGAUAUACUUUUUCUGCAUUUAAUUAUGAAGAUCGUUUAAUUUAAUUGUAACUAUAAUGUAUGUAAUUAUCCACCCAGAAAAUGUAUAUCGCAAUCAAUAUUGGUGUCUAUUAAAACUGGUAUCGACGAAAUCUAUGUCGGUCAUUUUCAUGAGACUUGAACCUGUUCGCGAGUGGCCCUCGACGCUUGAACAAACGGAUACAGACACCGAGGAAAAAGGAUACAUUCGGAAUUGCGCGCUAAGUUCGCGAACGGGGAGAACGGGCGGCGGAACAUUUGUAAAUAUUAUGCAAAUUGUGGAAUACGAUGUGUGCGCACGGGACACAAGCCGGACCAGUUGAUCUUGACACAUACACAUGGACUGUUUUGAAGGUAACACCGACCGCGUAGACAGAGAGCCCGACGUUCGAGGAUCGAGAGCGGACGAGAACGAUUUUGUCGAUACCAGCGUUACGAUGUCGGAAAAUCCAGUAAGCUUCGUGGUCGGGGAUCCCGACGCCGAUCCGAACGAGGAAUUGGAAAUCGAGGAUAGCUUCCCAGACGAAGGGUCCGAUCUCAACGUUCUCCAAGCCCAGCAGAAUGUCCUUCCAGGAUUGGUUGAACGCCGCAAGCGGCUCAGGGCCUUUGUGUUCGACGAAGGUGUUGAACAGAUCCGAAGCGAAGUGCCAUUGUGAACGGAUGCAUUGAUUUAUUGUAAUUAUAUACGAUGAGAUGACAAUGAUUUUCAAUCGUUCAACAAAGACUUAUCGUUGCGAGAGUGUUGAGAGACUACAAUUAUAGACAUCUGCUACUAUUGUAUUACGUUUUUCUGCAUAUUCGUUAUUAAUAUUUUGAUUAAGUUUCAGUAAUAUUAUUUGUUAGAGAAUGUUCGGGAGCAGAUAGUAAAAUUGUUGGCCAAAAGUAAGGCUUCUUUGGAAAUCAAUUCUGAAAAAAAUACAUGUCGAAUGGAGUAAUCUCCUCCUUUUUCAAAGUCGGUUAAAAAUAAAUUCAAAUCCUGACUUUUCCUUGUAUACAAUGUAUUUGUGUAUCUUAGAGAUUAAGACAAACUUUUGUCAGGUGUAUAAAUGUGUGUUGAAAAUGGCCAUGUAAGGGUUUUGUUAAAAGGGUUAUUGAUUUUGCAGUAAUUCAAGGAUUAAAAAUAAAGUUGGUGGUAUUUCUUUGACGAUGGUCAUUUUAGAAACCUGUAAUUUUGUGCUGAACCUGUGAAGAUAGAAAUGAGAGCACAGUGGUUGAAAUAGGAACUAUAAAUUGGCUUAUAAACAUUCAUCGAUUUAAGGAGCUAU